UUUAUAUAAAGUUACACAUGGGUAUGUUGGAAAAACAAAAAGCAUCCAUCUAAAUGUACCUUGAAUUUGUUUAUACAUGUAGGAAGCCCAGCCUAAACUUAGCUUUGUUCUUUUAUUCAUGAAAUGUUUUAAACAUGGACUAGAUGGCUUUCCAAAAGUUUGGUCCACUAACUAGUAAAUCCCAAUUAGAAUUGUGGGUCUAAGGUUUUAAAAGCUAAUAAAAUAAUAUAAUGAAGAUAUAUGGUUUAAAAGUACAUUGUAACUCCUCAUAGAAUAAAUGACUGAAUGAUUUGUAAAAUGAUUGGUACGUUACAUCCACACUACAAUAACAGUUGGACUAAGGAGGUGCAUUAUCGUCAACAAUGGCCUGAUUUCACUCAGAUUACUCACUGAGUUAACCACUAUUGUUCACUCAGAUUACCCACCGAGUCAAAUCACAACAUUUCUCGAUAUUCAGAAGUGCAAUAAUUAAAGUGGGUUUUGGAACUUGGCUCAGAGAAUCAUUGUGAUUUGUGAAAUGAGUUCUAUGAUAAAAAGGAGAUGAGAAGGGAGAGGUUUAUGAUGUUAGUGCCUUGUAAAUUAAACAGAUACAGAGCCGCCCACGCUCGUCUCUUUCUCAUAUUACUUCACCAGGAAUGAAUAUUACACGUAGCCUGCAUGCAGGAUCGUGUGGAGUGGAGUCCGAGUUGGGAAGAGUUUGACUCAAAACCCCCAUCAAUUAAAUUUAAACAGAUUUUCAUCAUUAAAUUCCAAGUAAUGAGAUCUCUCUCUCUCUCUUUAAUCUCUUGAAGAUCUUGUAACUCACACACACUCACACGUUAAUCAAUAAAUAAUACAUGCAUGAGACGGCGCACGAUCUCCCAAGACUAAUAGGUUCAUACUGAUUCGUCUUCUUCUCUCACAUUUAUUUCUCCCUCCUCCCUCUUCUCCUCUAUAUUGCCAUCAUUCUCAUUCACUUUGUUUUCAAACUCUCACCCGUUUGCAUACUCCCGGAAGCAAAAGUCAAAAUCAAAAUCACUUCCUCUUCCUUUCCUUCUUCAUUUCUCAUCUCUCAAAUUAUGGCUGGUCAGUCGCUCAAUGGUUGGGCUAUGCGUGAAGCUGUGGCUAAAGAGGAAGACCCAAUUUUCUCAUUUCCUAUGCAACCACCUUCACAUGAAUUCAGUGGUUAUUCGGAAUUGGAUUUUCGACCUGAUUUUGGCAUACAAGAUAUCGGGCUUGACGCUGUCCCUUUGAUGGAGAGCUUUCCAACUGACCCUUUGUAUUCUCCUCUUGAUAUUAUUCCAAGCCCAGCAGUAAUUCAAGAGGAUUUUGGCUGUGGUUAUGGAAAUGAGUUGGGAGGUUGGAAUGAAGUGAACCCUGCGUUUGAUCAUGAGAAACAACCCUUCUUGUUAUGUGAUAAGAAUGGUCGACAGACUGAGGAGGAGUCUACCAAAGAAAACAAAGAGACCAGAAAAGGCAGAGAUGAAAAGAGUAACAGUUCAAAAAUGUUAUCUCGAAACACUAUUUCUCAGUACUUCUACAUGCCCAUAACCCAAGCAGCCAGGGAGCUUAAAGUGGGCUUAACACUUCUGAAGAAAAGGUGUAGGGAGUUGGGUAUUCGUAGAUGGCCUCAUAGAAAGUUAAUGAGCCUCCAAACCCUAAUCAAGAACGUUCAGGAAUUGGGAAAAGAUGAGGGCGAUGGGAGUGAUCAGGGAAAGUUAAGAGAAGCCAUCCAGAUACUAGAGCAAGAGAGGAAGUUGAUGGAGGAGAUGCCAGAUUUGCAACUCGAAGACAAGACAAAGAGGCUUAGACAAGCCUAUUUCAAGGCAAACUACAAGAAGAGAAAGCUCAUGGGCACGAUGGAUUCUUCCCAAUCUUCCUCCAACAGCAACCCUCAAACAGUGGAGGUUGCCAUGAAUUAUACAACCAUGGAUGAAGAAGAUGAAAUGAAGUCUCUCUUGUCUGACUCUUUCUCUUCUACUAACAUGAUGUUGUGAACCUGUAACAAGCCUACAAACUGAUCAAUUUUCAAGGGAAAUGUUUUGUUAUUUUGAUAA